AUGGAAGAAGUUGGACAGGACCCAUUGGAUGAUGUGCAGGAGAUGAUGGAAAUAUCGAAAUUAGAAGUAACAAAACAGAACCUCGUCUACCUGAACUCAGACCUUGAAAAGGACCUGCAGAGGUUGGAUGAGGCAAAUCAGGUUCUUCUCAGAAAAAUUCAAGAAAAAGAAGGAACUAUUCAAAGUCUGGAAAGAGAGAUCACCCUGUCACUAGGAGGAGCUAAAGAAGAGGAGGAGGUGGACCAUGUCAUAUCUGAGAAGGAGGAAGCCCUGAGGGACCUGGAACUAGAAGCAACAAAGCUGGAAAGAAGGAAUAAGAUUCUAAGCAGGAAUGUGGUGGAGCUUCAGAAGAAGAUUUCACAGAGAUUUAAGAAUGCUGACCUUGAUAAAGGAAGCCCAAAGCAGAUGUUGGCAGAAUUGAAGGUGAGACUAGAAACAUCAACAGAGUCCUGUGCAAAGCGAGAGAAGGAACUGGUCAAGAUCGAGAGCGACUACCAGUCUGUGUACGAGCUUUGUGAGGACCAGGCCCACUACAUAAAGAAAUACCAGGAAAUCCUGAGACAAAUGGAAAAGGAAAAGGAAGUGCUGCUUCUUGAAAAAGAAGUAUUCAAAGCCCAGAACAACUCUACCCAAGUUGUGAAACCUGGAUCUAUUCUAGUGGAGACCAUUCGAAACAACGUGGAGAAGACGGUCACUAAGAAACAGAAGAGAAUCUUUUGGUACAGGCAUUUCCAGUGUCUUGUCUUCAUGGUCAUGAUGUUCGUUAAGCUGCUGGGUUAUGUGCUUUUCCACCUGCAGUACAUAAACCCAGACCUCCUUGUGGACGCUCUUCCCAUGAUGAUGAGCAGGGGCACCUUGAACAGGCUGAGGGACGCCUUAUUCCCCUUCCUCACCCUAGAGGUGGAAGAAGUUCUACCACACUAG